AUGGUAUAUUUUGCCUUUAUGUUAUUAGUUGGGUUAGUCCUAGGGCUGGUGGGGGUGGCAUGUAAUCCUGCUCCUUACUUUGCAGCCUUCGGGCUGGUAGUUGCUGCGGGGAUGGGCUGUGCCGUUUUGGCAGUGAGUGGGGCGCCUUUCUUGGCUUUAGUUUUAUUCUUGAUUUAUUUGGGGGGGAUGCUGGUCGUAUUCGCUUAUUCUUCUGCUUUAGCAGCCGACCCUUUCCCCGAGGGCUGAACGGAAGUGACGGUAUUUGAGCAACUUGCCUUCUAUUUAUUAGGGGUGGUUGCUGCAGGGCUAUACUUCGGUAAGCACUGAUACACGCUAUUUGUCGGGAUAGUAGAUAGCUGUAGCAAGUUCUUUACGAUCCGCGCCGACAUGGGGGGUGUGGUUGCAAUGUACGGAUCGGGUGGUUUCAUGUUAGUGUUUUGCGCUUGAGUAUUACUACUAACGCUGUUUGUGGUACUGGAGCUCGUGCGAGGGCUGAGCCGAGGGCCCCUGCGGGCUGUCUAG